GUGCGAGCGGGGCUCCGCCUCUUCGGGAGAUUUCCAGCGGUGGGGAGCGCGGCCGAGUGGACAGACCGACCGACAGACAUGGAGGUGCAGUGCGAUAGCGAGAGCCUGCAGGCGCUGCGGGAUGUGGCCAACCGGCUCCGCGUCCUCUCCAUCCGCGCUACCUGCGCCUCCAACUCCGGACACCCGACCUCGUGCUGCAGCGCGGCCGAGAUCCUCUCUGUCCUGUUCUUCCGCGUGAUGCGUUACCGGCCGGACCAGCCUCGCGACCCCAGCUCUGACCGCUUCGUGCUCUCCAAGGGACAUGCGGCGCCCAUCCUGUACGCCGUGUGGGCGGAGGCCGGCUACCUGAAGGAAGAUGAGCUGCUGAACCUGAGGAAGAAGGGAUGCCUGCUGGAGGGGCACCCUACCCCGAAGCUGCCCUUUGUGGACGUGGCAACGGGGUCGUUGGGUCAGGGGCUGGGGGCGGCCUGCGGCAUGGCCUACACCGGCAAGCACUUUGACCGGGCCAGCUACCGGGUGUUCUGCCUGAUCGGGGACGGGGAGGCUUCAGAAGGGGCCAUAUGGGAGGCCAUGGCUUUCGCGUCCUUCUACCAGCUGGACAACCUGGUGGCCAUCUUCGACGUCAAUCGGCUGGGGCAGAGCGAGCCCGCACCCUUGGAGCACCAGGUGGAAGUCUUCCACAAGCGCUGUGAGGCCUUUGGCUGGAACACUCACGUGGUGGACGGACAUGACAUCGAGCAGCUGUGCCGCGCUCUGGGACCGGAAGGGAGGGUCCCUGGCUGCCCCACCGCCAUUGUGGCCAAGACCUACAAGGGCCGAGGGAUCAAAGGAGUGGAAGACAUGGAAAACUGGCAUGGGAAGCCGAUUCCCACGGACCGGUCCAAGGCGGUCAUUGAGGACAUCCAGAGCCAGGUCCAGGGCCUGGCCGCCCCCACCCCACCCUCUCCCACCGACACCGUCCCCCCCGCCGACCUCUCGGAGAUCAAGAUGCCCUCACCCUGCGGCUACAAGCUGGGGGAUAAGAUUGCCACGCGCAAGGCGUACGGCCAGGCGCUGGCCAAGCUGGGGCGCGCCAGCCCCCGAGUGGUCGCGCUCGACGGCGACACCAAGAACUCCACCUUCUCCGACCUCUUCCGCAAGGAACACCCGGAGCGCUUCGUGGAGUGCUACAUCGCAGAGCAGAACAUGAUCAGUGUGGCAGUCGGCUGCGCCACCCGCGACCGGACCGUGCCCUUUGCCAGCACCUUCGCGGCCUUUCUGUCCCGCGGCUACGACCAGAUCCGAAUGGCGGCCAUCUCUCAGAGCAACGUCAACCUGUCUGGCUCGCACUGCGGCAUCUCCAUUGGUGAGGACGGGCCCUCCCAGAUGGCCCUAGAGGAUAUCGCAAUGUUCCGGGCCAUCCCUACCUCCACUGUCUUCUAUCCUAGUGACGCGGUGUCCACGGAACGAGCCGUCGAACUGGCGGCCAACACCCAGGGUAUCUGCUUCAUUAGAACCAGCCGCCCGGACACCCCCGUCAUCUACGCCAGCGAGGAGACCUUCGCCGUUGGCAAGGCCAAGGUGGUCUUGCAGUCGGACGCGGACAAGGUCCUGGUCAUCGGGGCUGGCAUCACCCUCCACGAAGCCCUGACUGCGGCCAAACAGCUGGCGGGAGAAGGAAUCGGAGUGCGUGUCCUCGACCCCUUCACCAUCAAGCCGCUGGACGUGGCCACCGUCGUCUCUAACGCACGGGCGGUCGGCGGGAGAGUGAUCACCGUGGAGGACCACUACCCCGAAGGUGGUCUUGGGGAAGCCGUCUUCUCUGCUGCCUGCACAGACCCCAGCAUCCGGGUGCGCCAGCUGGCGGUGCGGGGAGUGGCCUGGAGCGGGAAGCCGGCGGAACUGCUAGCCGCGUUUGGAAUUGACGCCGGAUCGAUCGCCACUGCCGUCCGCUCCUUCCUGGCCAACUGACACCUCCCCCUCCACGCGGUCUGGUCCCAUCGUCCUUCUCCUGAAACAUUCCAAUGAAACGGUGACCAAUCCGGGGCCCUCGCUUCCCUCUCCCUGCUCCCGAUCCCGUCACCCCGACGAGAGCCCCUGUGAUCAAAGUCAUGAAGGAACAAAUAAACCUUGACGUCUCUA